AUGCAGGCGAUGACUUACGUCAGGUGGGGCUCGGCUAAGUUCGCGCGGGGCCGGGCGAGGUUCGGCGGGGAGAACAAGUACAACGCGGCCGCCGAACCGUCGGCCGAAGAUUGGGCAUUCGCCGUCACGGGCGGCGACAAGGCGAAGAAGACGACGCAAGUCCCGAUCGACAUCACAUUGCCUGCCUUCCCCAAGAACUUCUCCAGCAGUCAGGUCGGGGCAAUGCUGAAGCGCUGCAACAUAUUGGUCAAUGCGAAGUUCGCUCUCUACUUCCGCCCAGCUGGCCAGAAUAGCGUUGUCGAGAAGUAUCCGCUGUACGAGGGGUACUUGAAGCCAGAGGCAGGCAAUGCCCUCUGGGCGUACUUGCAGGACUCCAGCCUGCGCCGCGACGCCGAGGAGUUCGACCGCCUGCUCUCGUUCGAGAAGAGGGACAUGGCCGAGCUCAUGGGCAAGCACAUGAAGUCCACCCGCACCGCCGCCGCGGCGCGUGCCAGCGGCGACCAGGCCGCGGGGGCGGCCGCGGACGCGCCAGCGAUGGGGGAGGCCGUGCCCAACCCGCCCGACGACUUCGACGAGGAGGACUUCUUUGGCCUUGCCGGCGGGGAUCAUGAUGGCGAGGGCGCUGGCGAGGCGGCGCCGAUCAAGCGCAUCAAGACUGAGCCUGGCGUCUGGAAAGACCUCAAGCUCAAGCCAGGCCACAACGGCUGCAUCGACCUCAGCUUCCCGUCGCCGCCCCAGAAGAAGAAGAAGCACGACAAGUCGUUGGAGGAGGAGCUCGAGAAGAUCAUAGAGGAGGAGGCGCAGAGGGGGGGCGCAUCUGCGUCGAGCGGCGGGGCGGCCGCGGACGGCGUACUUGUCGCGGCCUAG